AUGGAUAGAGAAUGGUCGCGAAGUAUGCCGGGAACAGUUGGCACUGGUGGUAGCGGCGACAAUUCAGGUACGGGUGUUUAUAAUAUGGAUUGACAUAACCAAGGGGUGCAGCCCCCCCCCCCCCGCUAUACACAUGAACAUUUAAUACUAUUUUAUAUUAUUAUUAUUUUAUUCUAUUAGUGACAGUUUAACGUUAAGCAUAAAAAUCAAUGUACGGACUUAUGUAAACUAGAAAUGUACUCGCCAUUUCUGCCGCGCACGCGCGUUCUAAUCUUAUGAUUUAAAAUAUUUUAAAACUUCAGACUGCAAGAAAGAUAUGUGGAUUCUUUGGGAUAACUCAAAGUCAGUGGGGCCAACAACAUUUAAAAAUCAAGUCAGACCGUUUCUAAAAAGCCUCAUCAACAGCCCACAAUUGAAUGUUGGUCCAGAUGGCACGCAUAUUGGCAUUUUGACUUUCAGUACACAGGCGCAGACCAGGGUGUUAUUGAAACUUGGAGAAAUAAAAUCUCCGGUGGCCCUAAACAACUACCUCGAUUCUCUAAGAUACAUUGACGUACGUGGAGACGGUACCCGAACCGGUAUGGCUUUGAAACUAGUUGAUGAGGUGAGUUUGUGAUUCCUCUUUACCGAAUACGGUGAAGCUUUAUUGGGUACACGCGUAAAAACGCACAAGUUGUAACAAACCUGCAGCAGACUAAUAGCAAUGCUGUUCCAACAACUUGUGAACAGGAUGUGUUAACUUGCACUGCUUAGCUUGUUCCCAGCUUGUUGAUAAGUUGUCAACAGCUUGUUGACAACUUGCUACAAAAUUAUUGAGCUCAAGAAGCUUGUUACAAUUUGUUCCAACGACUUGUUAUCGUCCUGCAAUGCAUCAGAUCAACAAGUUUUGAGUGACAACCUUGUACAACUUGAGAUAACAGCAUUGUUACAACUUCACUGAAGGGCUUGAAUCGUACAAUAGAUUAAUUGUUACAACUUGUUGACAAGCUACAAGCAUGUUGCGAGCACAUGAGAACACGGUCCAUUGAAAACCAGCGAAUGCUGAAUGGCUACCGUGUUUAAAUAAUUUUAAUAAAACACAAAACAUCUUGUUGACAAGUUGUGAGAUUUUUACGUGUAUAUAGCAACUUGACCUCCAAACCCACGUAGCGUCAUCCCAAUAAACGGUGAACAUUUAAAAGUAAAUUAAAUAUUUUCUCAAUGUAGAAAUUUAACGUGUCAAGUCCAAGAAAUUAUCGACCAGAUGUAUCAGAUGUGGUCUUGAUUUUAACGGACGGUCAACCGAUCAGACGCAAAGACGAAGACAACUUUGGCGACAAAUACAAAAGUAAUAGUGAUGGCGAAGAAUUGCUUGCUAAGGAUCGAGCUCAAAGUCUCAGAGAUAAAAAUGUCACUGUGGUUGGACUGGCAGUGGGGUCAGAGGCCACGUUGAGUAAAUUUGGAAAAAAGAUUAAGGAGUGGACGACAGAAGGGAAAUACUUUGAAACGAGCAAAGAUAGGCUGCACAGUGUCAUGAAAGAACUCAUAAGUGCCUCUUGUAUUGACCCAGGUAAGCAAAGUGGGCAUAAACGUCCAGGCAAUGGCUAUCUCGUUCAUUGUGAGUGCACGAGAAAACCAGAGUUACAGACAAAAUGACCGACGUCAGUUAUCCUACAUACAGUAGACCUACUCUGGAGUGGUAACUCACCUAAUUUGUAACAUGUUACGUGUGACGUCAUCAAAAACUUCAAUAAAUUCAAUCACUCAACCGUACUUUCGAAAUAUUUAUAAGCAAAAUUUUAUGGUAAAUUUGUCUCAAAAUAAAAAUUAUAGCCCAAUUACCCUUCGUUUGCCGAGUCUCAAUAAACGUACCUGCCUAUGCCUUACUCCAAUUUCAUUUACAGGCCAGUGCGGGUGUUCUGGAGCCAUCACAGCUAAAGUAUUCCGCGCUGCCCAAGGAGGGAAGGCCGUAAUCAACUGGGAAGUACCAACUCUUAAAUGUGCCUCUGGCCGCCAGGCGGUAAUUAAAAGCACAGAUGUUCAACCACCAGGCGUCAGCCCUCCUGCAGCGUUUGGUGUUGGAAAUCAUACUGUCACAUAUACAUACGAUUAUCGGAGAGGAACCAAGGUGGUGAGACUGCAAUGCCCAAUCAAAAUUAAUGUCACAGGUAUGUAGGGAAGCGCGGGGUCGAAUACGGUUUGGAAAAUAUGUGGUGGAAUGCAGUUUUAGGUUCAACACAGGGCUUAAUAGUCGAGAAGACUGGUAUUAGCCAAUUUGCCGAAUACUACUUAAGGAGGUUUCGGACUCAUAACACCAUGGAUUGUAAAAUAACUGGAUAGGAAACUUCCUGACGUCACAAUCUAAACCUAGUUGCAAUCUCUGACGUCACGUGUAUUGCCAAAGUUCUCAGCAUUUUUGUUGUUUCGCUAUAUUUUCCGCUUUAAAAGAGUAAUAUUGAAGCAUAAAUUCUGGUCUAAUUGUUUUAAAAACAUGCCUAAACCACGACAAAGUAUUCAAAGUAAAUGUUUUUCGUCUUUGUUUUGUAUUUUUUUUUUGCAUUUGUAGCUACGAAAUUGGCGUCGCCAAUUUUUACGAAAUUUGCGAUGCAUUUUGCACUGUUUCGGUGCUUGAAAUAUUUGCUAAAAUUGACCGGGAAUACUUAGAGGUUUCAUCGUAGAAUGGCCUAGUUAUAUUCAUUUGCUCUUUGACUAAAAUGUUUAGCUGUAUUAUCGCUAAACAUGCCGUUUUUGAGAAUUUCGUUUUCAACUAGGUUUCAACGCCAUCAUCCCAUUGAAAACAUUACGUCACGUCAACUAGUUUCCUAUCCAUGUAUUUUAUUACCCAUGAUAACACUGAUGUGAAAAGAGUCGGUCAACGCUCUACUGAAAGUCGUGGAUUUCUCCGGGUUUUCCGUAAUUCAGCUUGGCUCUCAGCUGCAAGUAUUAAGGAUGAUUAGGGCUAUCUUUAAAACAGGGAAUGAGGAAUCCGGGAAUCGGGGAAUCCGGGAAUUGGGGAAUCCGGGAAUCGGGGAAUCCGGGAAUCCAGAACUGAUAAGACGGGGACAUUGGUGUGCUUGUUGGAAAACGCAUUAGCUACUGUAUACAAUGCGAAUUAGUUGUCUUAAAUAACUUAUGCCGAUGAUAUAUUAUAGAUUAUAACAGCGCUGUGCACAUAUGUGAUUUUAAUAACAUAUAAAUUUAUUAAUUUCAAUUAGACAUUAGCGUCUAUAGAAUUUUGUUCCAACGCGCAAGUUUUUUGAAUUAAUAGACUGCAAAAUGCAUGCAUCUUACAGGGAACGGGAUAACACUAAACUAAAGCCCACGCUUUAUAUGUUAAAUAUUAAUUUUAGCCAAAUGGGCGCAAUUCGACGGCGGCGACGCGGUAUGUUUUUAGUUUUCAUUCACGGAUACUUUGUAAUCCCAAAUUACUUACAAUACUUUAAAGUUAACAUAUUUUUGAUUAUUUUAACAACUAAAAAUCGCGCAGAUUUGGUUUAAGCAGAUGUUGGAGUUUUUAAACUCCACAGUAUUAAUGUCUUAAAGUAUCCGUGAAUGAAAACCGUACCGCGUCGCCGCCGAAUUGCGCCCCGUUCGCUUUAAUAUUUAACAUAUAAUAAAGCGUGGGCUUUUAGUGUUACCCCAUUUCCUGUAUGAUGCAUGCAUUUUGCAGUCUAUUAAUCCAAAAAACUUGCGCGUUGGAACAAAAUUCUAUAGACGCUAAUAUCUAAUUGAAAUUAAUAAAAUUAUAUGUUAUUAAAAUCACAUAUGUGCACAGCGCUGUUAUACAUAUAUAAUAUAUCAUAAGCAUAAGCUAUAUAGUAAGACAACUGAUCCGCAGUGUAUACUCUAUGUACAUCGUCUGUAUUAUUCUAAACAAAGUAUCAAAUGUGUUUUCCAACAAGCACAUUCAUAUCCACGUCUUAUCAGUUCUGGAUUCCCGGAUUCCCCGAUUCCCGGAUUCCCAGAUUCUCCGAUUCCCGGAUUCCCCGAUUCCCUGUUUUAAAGAUAGCCGAUGCCGCAUUAGCACACCUCACUUUAGAUGCUGUGGACUUGGCAGCUAUUAGAGACCUUGCAGUAAAAUGUAUAGGGUGGGAAAGCGACGACGACGGUCAAAAUAAAUUCACUCAAAUAAAUGAUUGUAAAGAAAGCUUAUCAUAUAUUGACAAUCGUAUGAAUUUAAAACAGCUUUAAGAGAUCAGAACAGAGGCUUUCGAUUGAGUAGAAUUCCACAUUAGUACCAUGGAUAAUAAAAUGUUAGUACUGAAUCAAUUUGCGGAGUAUCCACUUCUUACGAACUAAAAUGCAAAUGUUGCACACAGGAUAUAAAGCUUUGGUUUACUAGUUGUAAACAGACAGCGGACGACGUCUAAAUCUUCUUCCGUGGAAUUUUAAUUUUUUUUUUUCUUAAAUAUUAUCAAUUUCAUUGUAUUACUAGUCGUAGCCAUCACAUCGCUGUCCUAGAUCUUGAGAUCUCUACUGUUGGCCGCGUGUUUAAUGAAGUUAUUUAUGAUUAUUUCAGCUUGCCAAUGCCCUGGAGUUGUUCGUGUUAAUGCUGAACUCGCUGGUGGUUCAAAGACGGUCUUCGUUUCAUGGACAAUUCCCGAACCGAAUUGUCCUGCAACUUUAAGUUCUGUCUCACCCCCAAAGGCAGGGAAUGGAAACGGAAGAUACCCAAUUGGAAAAUAUGAUGUUAGAUAUAACUACGAACACAGCAGCGCCUCUGGAAGCUUUUCGCUGAACUGCCCCGUAAAAAUUACGAUUGAGGGUAAGUUGAUGCUUAUACUAAACUAGUCUAUCUUUUACUAACCUGUGUACACACUGUAGUAAUUACUUAAUAUUUCAAAUCCAACUGUGAGGACUGGUCUGACUGGACUAGAUUUCAAGUCCGCGCAAGUUGAUCACGUCUGAGGCAAAGCCGAAUUGGAGGAUUUGAAAUGACAUCCCAUGCGAAUAAAUAAAUACUUAAAGUCACAGUGAGGUGAAUUAAUUUUGAUCCAGUCCAAGGACUGAAUUAAUUUUGAUCUUUCUUCUCCUUAGAAAUUCAGUGACAGUGAGGAUGAUUCCCUAUUGAUCCAGUGUAACAUAAACUAACUAAACUAACUUUAUUAAUACUGGAUAGCUCUAUUAGUUCUAAAUUGUUCUUCCCAGAAGUCCAGGAAGGAUUAUCUCUUAUUGAUCAGUGUUACUACAGAAGGAAACAUAAACUAAACUAACUUUAUUAAUACUGGAUAGCUCUAUCAGUUCUAAACUGUUCUCCCUAGAAGUCCAGGAAGGAUUAUCUCUUAUUGAUCAGUGUUACUACAGGAGGAAACAUAAUCUAAACUAAUUAACUUUACUAAUACUGGAUGGCUCUAUCAGUUCUAAAUUGUUCUUCCUAGAGGUCCAGGAAGGAUCAUCUCUUAUUGAUCCAGUGUCACUACAGGAGGAAACAUAAACUAAACUAACUUUAUUAAUACUGGAUGGCUCUAUCGGUUCUGAAUUGUUCUUCCUAGAGGUCAAGUAAGGUUCAUCUCUUAUUGAUCCAGUGUUACUACAGGAGGAAACAUAAACUAAACUAACUUUAUUAAUACAGGAUGGCUCUAUUAGUUCUAAACUGUUCUUCCUAGAGGUUCAGUAAGAAUCAUCUUUUAUUGAUCUAUGUAUUACUACCUAUACAGGAGGGAACAUAAACUAAACUGACUCAGUUAUUAAUACUAUACAUUCUAAUCUCUAUCAGUUCUAAACGGUUCUUCCAAGAGGUCAAGUAAGGGUGACUGGUGCUUAUUGACCAGUGUUACAACUGUUACUACAGAAGGAAACCUAACUAUAACAGCCUGUUUACACUUGCAAUUUUUGCAAUGUCUAGUGCGAUUUUCUUGUUCCCACGUAUUUGAACGAGUAGAUGAGUAAUGAAUGCUCCGAGAUUUGCUCGGAGUAUAUGCACCCUCAUCUAACAGUCAUAGCUCAUCCACUCGUUUACAUCUAUCAGAAGAUAAAAAUCACGCCUAAAAUCGCAGCAAAAAUUGCUAGCGUAAACGGGCAUUAAACAAGUACUGGCUAACUCUGUAAGCUCUAACCUCUCUAGAGGUCCAGUGAGGGCAAUGUGGCUUAGUAUUAUACACAAGAAAAAAGGACAAGUUGUAACAAACCUUCAGCAGAUUUGUAGCAAUGCUGUUCCAGCAACUUGUCAACAGGAUAUGUUUGCAAUGAUUGUUCUCAGCUCAACAGACUGUUGAGCUCAACAGACUUGCUAUAAGUUGUUCCAACAAUUCAACAACUUGAUAACAAUUUUUGAGUGACAAUCUUGUAGCAAGUUGAUAAAAUAACAGCAUUGUUAUAACUUCUUGACAAGCUUGCUACAAGCCUGUUGCGAACACAUCUUUAAAACGUGCAUUGUUUGGUGAAACUAUUUCAUUCUGUUCUGUUUUGUAUAGGGAAAUGCGGUGGUGUUCGUUUUGGAGCAUCGCAAGUGUGUUGUUGUGGAGCAGUUCACGAGAGGAAAGAUGGUUAUGACUGCUGCGGAUUCAGGUAUUACGAUACUCGAAUUCAGAGAUGCGAAGAUUUUUCAUACACACUGGUGAACAUCUAAGCCUAAGGAACUCUUUAUAUUAAUACUUGCCAACUAACUUAGAAAAUUAGACACAGCGUAACCGUGGGACUGUGCGGUUAAAGCUGGUAUAGCUUUAUAUACUUUAUACUUAAUUGGCAUUUUAUGCGUAAACAGUAAAAGGGUGUGUAAUCAAUUUUGAUAAACUUAAAGUAGUGCAACAAUAUUGCUUUAAUUUGGUAUCAUUGUUAAAGAUUGUGUAACUGUGAAUGGUUAAAAGAUUUCUGCUUAAUAUUUUUGUUCGUGGCAUAGUUUGUUGUGUUAUUGAUAGGUAUGUAAUCUUUUAUGGCAUUUGCAUAACACUGAACUUGAAAAGACAGGCGGUGUGCGACACGUGACUGUAACCGGCCAAUCAGAUAACAGAAUGCUAUGCUACUGUUUCGCAACAUUGAUACCACUGUUGAAGGAGGUCGAAGUUUUUUGAAACGAUUCGUUGCUUAUUUGCAUUCAUCUACUCAGUUUUACUCUCAAGAUAGCUUAGUUUAUAUUCUGACAAAGUGUCAGGAAAAUAUUAUUCGAUUUGAUUGUAACUGAACAUGAUUUUUUGUCUUGCAAUUAAGUACGACACGCUCUAGCUUUGCAACAAGAUGUGUGGUCAUUCCAGCCUAACGCCCGCAUUCUAAAAACUCACUCCCACUCACACUCAAUGAGCGGAAGUUCAAUCUGAGCUUCUCUUGAGUGUCAUUGCUGUUUUUGAAUAGUAUUCUGCAAUAAUCUGUCGUGGUUUGCGUUUGAACUACCUGAAAAAGAUAUCUCAACGUAGUGGUUCAGUGUAGCUAGUAUUCCAGAAUAAACUGUCGUGGUUUAUGUCUGAACUACCUGAAAAAGAUAUCUCAAACGUGGUGGUCCAGUGUAGGUCGUAUUCUGCAAUAAACUAUUGUGGUUUGUGUCUGAACUACGUGAAAAAGAUAUCUCAAACGUGGUGGUGCAGUGCAGGUAGUGUUCUACAAUAAACUGCCGUGGUUUUUGUCUGAACUACCGGCCUAACGUUGUCGUCCAGUGUAGGUAGUAUUCUACAAUAGCUAUUCUAUAAUAGGCUAUCAUGGUUUGUAUUUGAACAAGAAGGGUUUUCUCUCCUUAAACAUCGAAAUGUUUUAAAUCUUUCCCGAAACAACUUAUAUACUGAUAAUAUUGGUUUAGAAAUAAGCAUAGAAAUAUGGAGCCGCGGAAAAGCUUGAAACAUCUGGUCGGUAUACUCCGUGCAGUCUAUAUCGGGCAGGCACUUACUGGCAUCUCUAGACAAUAAAGCAACAGCUUGUUUUUGUUGUUCAUCGCAGGAACCUGAGCUUCGAAUGUCUUCGAGCUGAGAAACAGUUAAAUGUUUGUAAAUGUAAAUAUAUAUAAAUAUAUAUAUCUCGUUCUUCAUUAUUUGUUAAAAACCUAUUUUUCUCUUUCAAAUGUAAUACAACUCCAGCUUACUAUUUUACAGUUAUGUAUUGUACAUUAAUUAUAAUAUAUUUCCUGACUUUAAAAAACAACAUUCGAACUGCAUGCUAGAUUAUGAAAUUAGCUAGUUAUAUAAUUAUUACCUAGGGACCUUAAACAAAAGCCUUUUGGUUUCUAGAAGGUUCCUAGCCCUAAUUUUGUAAAUAUUUAAUUCUACUUCUUAUUGUUAUGUAAUUGGGCGAAAAUUUUAAAAAAAAAGAAAAAAAAAAGAAAAAAAGUUUAUACAAUUAAAAUGUUCGUAUCUAGAUCUAGCAUGGUUUAAUUCAUGUUGUUAGCACUGUGAGUCUGCAAGCGCAUGCAUCAGGGCGGUCGCUAUGGUGCGGUGUGUGACACUCACCCCAAAAAAACAUCUUUUCGGCAAAAUAACGGAUUCGUCGGCAAAAUGUUUUCGUGGUCAGCGAAAAUAUUUGAAUGGCUCGGAUUAAAAAGUAUUAGUAUAAUUACAUAGGUGAUUAUUGAAAAUUCUCCACGCUGAUUGGUUACCGUUGAGGUGAUUAUUACACGAUAAUCACCUAAGCGAUUUUCAAAAUGGCGGCCGAAGCCGUUUCGUCAAUUAAAAGACGAAGAAAUGUGCAUUUUUUAAUUUUUUUCCAAAUAAUCACCCAUGAAAUUAUACUAAAACAAUUAUUCACCUCAGGCUCGGUGAUUAUCGUGAAUAAAAACUUCGACUUCGUCUCGGUUUUUAUUCACCGAUAAUCACCUCGCCUUCGGCGAAUAAUUGUUAAAUAGUUAUAGCAAAAAUUAAGUUAGUGAGAAAUUGUAUGUCCGCAAAAUCAGUUUAGUCCCAAUAUGUCGAAAUGACUAAUUGACAGAUAUUUGUCCUGAAUAUAAUAAUUUUCCUCACGCUGUGCUCUCCAGAAGUUAUAAUGCUCUUCAGUGCAACAUUUGAUAUGGUACGCCCCCCCCCCCCUCCCCAGAGGUCCAGAAAGGGCUCCAGUGCGGCAGCAGAAUCAGAACAAAAUAUGCGGAGUUUAGUCGAAUCAGACUGGAAGCAUUUCAGCCAAUUCUCACAUGGGACUAAGCUAGGGGAAAUACUGCAUGUUGCAUGCAGAAAUUAAGGGGUGUGAAGCCCCCCACAUUGGCGGUCCCUGGAGGAGACAACCUCGAGGGAAGAGUGGGAAGAUCCAGGGUACGAGCUGAACUGUCCAGGAUCAGGGCCUUGCCUGUUUAGCUGAAGCUGUGGCCUGCACUCAGGCGUAGAAUAUAAAAAAGAAAAAAUGCACCCACCCGUGUAUCUCAGGGCCUGUGAGAGUUGUGCACGGCCGAGAGUCCCUGGGGACGAGGCUUAUACGCGCCAAAUUAUAUUAGUUAUUCCGUCCUCUCGCACUUGCUUAGCAAAACCAAAAAUGCAAAAAAGUCUCUAAAGCCUUGACAAGUCAAUAUUUUUUUUCAAGUAGUUCAGAUGCCGCCAACAAUGGCAGCUUGUAUUAAUUAAUAAUCCAUGCAGCCUUUCAUUUGCAUUAGAAUAGCAUAUAGCAAAGUAAAAAAUAGAGCUUAACGGCAUAAAACAUUUGGUGUGUGGCAGUCUACAUAUACUACAUGCAUCAGUAUUCAACCACUUGCUGAUACUUCUAGAUAAGAAAGAAACAGCUUGUUGUUGAUUUUUUGCUGUUUGACGCAAAACAAGCUGAAUUGGAGAAUUUCAAAAGUUUUCAAGCCUAAAACAGGUAUAUAAAAUAUAUACAACUAAAUAUGUCAUGUCUAGUUAAUGUAGUAUUGGUAGCACAUAGGUUAUGUGUCUUUGUCCUCGGUUCGACUUUGUUCGAGGAAGGCAGUCGUUUUAUGUUGUUUUUUUUCUCCUGAUUAUAUUUCCUCAUAGUCGCGCAUAAUUGGGUUAGGCCAGAUCACCCUUCCUGGACAUUCAGGAAGAACAGUUCAAAGCCGAUAGAGCUAACCAGUGUGGACCCUGUCCUUCGACACUUCAACUAAACUCAAGUAAUAAGUUCUUUGAAUGUUUGCAUGGCGAUAAAAUAUAAUUGUUUUUGUUUAUAAAAAGAGCGUGUGAAUUAAACAAGUCACAUAUUAUUGGCACUGAUGAAGAUCCGGGCUUACGGAUCGAAAGCUUUGCAGUAAUAAAUUUACGUGGUGUUUCCACAAACAAAAACAAUUAAACUCAAGUAAUCUAAUUUAUAUAUGCUACAUAAAUAGCUCCAUCAAUUCCAACUCAUUCGCCCUACAAGGCAAAAAAACGCCGAGCCCGUUGCUCAACAGGACUGAACAACGUUUUCGGCUGCCCACGUUGUUCACACUUGUCAACAAUAUUGAACAAUAUUGUUGAGCCUGAAUCGGGUGUAACAAUAUUGUUCAAUAUUGUUGACAGCUAUGAACAAUGUGGGAAGCAAAACAUUAUUCAAUCCUGUUUUCAUCAGUAUUGCAUGAACCCGGAGCGUUUUUACUGACGCGUAUAGGAGUCCAUUAAUCGGCAAUCCUUAUUGAUAAAGUGUUUGUCCCCAGAGAAAGCCUAUGGUGAUUGUUAGAGUGAAAGAGACGCACUCUGCAUGUUUAUUCUCACAUACGAAUGAAAAGAAAUUAUCAGUAUAUAACCCAGGAAAAGUGAACGCUCACCACAUUCUGAAUGCAUUUUACACUUUUUCUACUGUAUGACGCACCAAUCCACAAUGACAUCCAGGCAAAACUAUAUUGAGUAGAAUUGAUGUUUCAAAUUCAUUAUGUUUAGCUUAAUGCCAUUUCCUAUACAUAAUAAUUUGUGUAUAAUGAGGUGAUCUUAUAAUUCUCUACGAAUUUAAAUUACAGUAGACAUGUCACUGUCCCCAUAGCAGAUAGUGAAAAAUAUCAGAAAAUGCACUUUACGCGGACUUGUAAAUUUUUAAAAUUUUCUGCCAAUACAAGCUCUCAGGUCCACCUAUAGCCCUAGCUCAACAGCCAACACCACCCUCCGCCCCCCACUCCCCACUCGCUUCGCUGUCCCUGUAACUGCAAGGGAACGAACUCACAUCCCAAAAAAAAGGUAAAAAAGUGAAAAAGCAAAUGCAUGCCCCUUUAGCCAUUGUUGCCACCAAUGAAUGAUUACAGCUUUUGACGAAAUUUUGCUCUAGACAUGAAGAUCGAAACCAUUACCAUAGCUAUAGCUGCAUGGAAAGAAAAAAAAAAAAAUUUAACAACUUUAAUUUGGCACAUAAAAAACUGAAUAUUUACAUAACUUAAACGGAUAAUUACAUUGUACAAGAAGACGAGGAAAGUGCCAAAAGUGACGAAACACAAACGAGACUAUGCCCCAUGCAAGGUGCUCACCACUAGAAAACAAAUAAAGACAAGAAACAAAGACAAGGAAGAUUAAAUGAAAAGACUACGAGAAUGACAAGGCAGAAAGAAUGAAAAGACAAAGAGAGAAAUGUUAGAUAUUUUUAUUGAGUCGUGAUAAGUGAGUGUGAACUAGGUAAGUCAGGAGUGUGGGAAGUACUAGUGAGGUGGAUGUAAGUCUUGCGCAAGUAUGACUUAAAAGAGGAGACAGUGACAUAACAAUACGAAGGAGCAGACGUACAAACAUAGUUCCACAGUUUAACAAUUCUAACACAAUACGAACUUUGAAAUGUACUUGUUGGAAAGAGCAUCUUAAAAUGAGUAAAAUUUGCAACGUUUGGUUGCGAAUUGUUGUAAAAUGAGGAAAUAUAGCCAUGUGAAGUUCGCAAAUUUUGUAUAUAAUAUAUUUGCAUUUACGCUCGGGAAAAAUAACCAUUCUUGAGCCAAAUAUUAGGGGUUAUAUUUUAUCGCGCGUAUAGUACAAAUAUAUACAAAAGUUGCUAACUUCACAGGGCUAUAUUUUAUUCAUUUUACAACAUUUAGCAACCAAUCUUUGCAAUUUCACUCAUUCUAAGACGCUCUUUCUAGCUGUGGUUUUCGUUCUUCUUGCCUUGAACAAAAUUUAGUCUAUAGCUGAAACUGACCCAUUAAACAUCAUCUAUUUUAUAAUCUGUUCAUAGGAUGAGGGUUAAACAAAACAAACACAAACCAAUCAUAUUCGGCAACUGUAAAGAAGUUUUGGCGACGGUUGUGAUGUUUUACUUUGCCGCAAAUCUCGUUUUCGGAGCGGAAGAGAACGACACUGUAUUUUGCAGAAGAGGAUGGUCUGAAUUCGUGAACGACAGGAAGAAAUGGGAAACUGAAUGUUUAAAUGAAGAUAGUGUCAGAGCGUCAUUGUGUUGUAAGGCUACAGCUAGUUAUCUUGAACAGCGAUAUGAAGACUAUAUAAAGUGGUGUCCCAUUGUGGGUAAUUUAUAUAUAUAG